UUGUGAACUGAGGAAGGAAUCCGACGCGUCUACGCUUGUUACCUAGAAAAAUAAAGUGUAAGCCUUAUUAUUACCUACUUGACCCGUCCGAGAUUCUUAGCGUCCUAGCCUCGUGUGUGCACUGUGCACUGUAAGGUUACCAGCAAGACGAGACGUACACUUGUGAUACCUUAGGAUAAAUCAACAAAUUAUCAGCCUUGAAGAAACAACAACAUUACAAAACUCCAAGCCACCGAUAAUUUCAUCACCAUUUGAGAUCUUGUUUCCUCUUUUCAACUCCCCCCCCCCCAAACUCAUCCAUCAUGGCGUUGGAUAGCUUCUUUCAUAAUAAGAUUGAGAGCAUGAAGCUCGAAAUCAUUCAAGGUCAAGCGGUUCUACGAAGAUUAGAAGCUCAACGAAAUGACUACAACUCAAGAGUGCGACUUUUACGAGAGGAGCUCGGGUUAUUGCAACAACCUGGAUCCUAUGUUGGUGAGGUGGUAAAGGUUAUGGGCACAAAGAAGGUGUUGGUCAAGGUGCACCCAGAAGGCAAAUAUGUCGUCGAUAUUGCGGAUAGUGUCGAUAUUUCAAAACUUACCGUUGGAAAGAGGGUUACCCUUCUAUCGGAUUCCUAUAAACUCGAAAAGAUGCUCCCAUCAUCCGUCGAUCCUCUUGUAUCUCUCAUGAUGGUCGAAAAGGUUCCAGAUAGUACAUACGACAUGAUUGGUGGUUUAGAUCAACAAGUAAAGGAAAUCAAGGAGGUUAUUGAGCUUGGUCUUAAGCACCCGGAACUUUUCGAAUCUCUCGGUAUAGCACAACCUAAAGGUGUUCUUCUUUACGGACCCCCGGGAACAGGAAAGACUCUGUUGGCAAGAGCUGUCGCACAUCACACCGACUGUAGAUUCAUUCGAGUUUCUGGUUCUGAAUUGGUUCAAAAAUAUAUUGGUGAGGGUUCAAGAAUGGUCAGAGAGCUAUUCGUCAUGGCAAGAGAACACGCUCCAUCCAUCAUCUUCAUGGACGAGAUCGAUUCUAUUGGGUCUUCACGUGUGGAAGGGUCUUCAGGUGGUGAUUCUGAAGUUCAAAGAACUAUGUUGGAACUACUGAAUCAAUUGGAUGGUUUCGAGCCAACCAAGGGAAUCAAGGUCAUCAUGGCUACCAAUCGUCUAGAUAUUUUGGAUCCGGCACUUUUACGACCAGGUCGUAUCGACAGAAAGAUCGAAUUUCCACCCCCAACUGUCGAGGCCAGAGCCGAUAUUUUACGAAUUCACAGCCGCAGCAUGAACUUAACUCGUGGUAUCAACUUGACAAAGAUAGCGGAGAAGAUGAACGGAUGUUCAGGAGCUGAGUUGAAGGGUGUUUGCACGGAAGCUGGAAUGUACGCCUUGAGAGAACGCAGAGUUCAUGUCACUCAAGAGGAUUUCGAUUUGGCGACGGCCAAGGUAUUGAACAAGCAUGACGACAAGGAAGUCAGUUUGGGCAAGUUAUGGAAGUAGACGGUUGGGUAAUGGUCGGAAUGGCAUUUGUACAGUACAACAGCAUGAAGAGCAAAGAGAUAUCAAUUUAAACAUAUUUGGUGUUUUAGUGUACCUCUCUCAAGCCUCUCAAGUCAAUUUGAAGCCUCACGAUUUCGGAGUU